UAGCUCUAUAAGCCAUUUUUUCAAUCUCUAACACCGGGAGAUCUAAGUAGUAAUUCGUUAUGAUGUCGCUGCUGGAGUUAAUUAGUGAUGAAGGAUGGUUGCUGGAUCAGCUAUCUGUUAUUAUGGUGCUGAUGGGGCUGCUUUCGUACGUAAUGCUGCGGUUUAUCCGUGUGCCUUAUGGCCGUUAUGCUAACUCAGUAUUCGGUCCACCGGUACCGGUCCGCUUCGCAUGGUUUAUACAGGAACUGCCAUCGCUCACAUUGCCAAUCCUGUACACGCUGUGGUACCCCGAGCAGAGCACCGCCAGUCGCAUUUUGCUUACAGGCUUCAUCUGUCAUUAUAUUCAACGGACUCUUGUUUAUCCUUUUUUAAUACGUGGAGGAAAAGAUACACCAUUUGCCUCGUUUGCCCUUGCCUUUAUCUUCUGCUGUUACAAUGGUUACCUACAGAGCAGCUAUCUGUGUAAUCAUGCUGCCUUCAGCACAGGCUGGAGCCAAGACCCACGAUUUAUCAUUGGGCUUUUACUGUUUGUUUCUGGAAUGUUUAUCAAUAUUUAUUCUGACCACAUACUUAGAAACUUGAGGAAACCUGGUGAGACUGGCUACAAAAUACCCAGGGGAGGAUUAUUUGAAUAUGUGACUGGUGCAAACUUCUUUGGGGAAAUUUUAGAAUGGACUGGUUUUGCUAUUGCUGGGUGGUCCUUUCCAGGUGCUGCAUUUGCGGUUUUUACAGCCUUGGUCCUUACAUCACGUGCACAGCAGCAUCAUCAGUGGUACCAUGAGAAAUUUGAAGACUAUCCAAAAUCGAGAAAAAUUCUAGUUCCAUUUUUGUAUUAACAUAAAGAUCAGUUAUGGCCAGUUAUACAAAACUGUUUAUCUUCCAGAAUGUUUUUACUAUACUGAAUUAUCUCAGUUACUUUUUUAUUAUAUAGGAAUGGACUUGUUCAGGCAAGAAAAAAAAUGGGCAACCAUGUUCUGUUCACUGAUGCGUCUUUUUUUGAUCAGUGAAUGAACUGUUUUACAAAUUGCUUUUAAAAUUUAGUUUUUUUGUUUCUGCAUCUUGGAAAGGAAAAUAAGAUUGUAUUGCCACAACUGAGCUAUUCCUAUAGUUAUUGUAACAAAGUCUUGCAGUACAUUUAAAUACCUCAAUACUAAAAUGUAUUUUAUUUUACUGUACAAAGAGUGGGAUAUAGCUUUAAUUGUAACUUAGAUGACGGAAAAGGUUUCUUAGUUUUUGUUGAAUAUAGGACGUAGAGAUAAAAAAUCUCUGCUACAGUUGUAGAAAUUGUUACACAAUGUAUUUUAAGUUCUGAUUGUAAUUGGUUAUACUGUUUAAGUACAAAAAUGUUGGAUCCCUGGGCUUAUUAAAUACUUUACUAAAAGGCUUUUUGUGUUCCUAUAUAAUUAUUAUAGGAUGAUAAUUAAUCAAAAAUUAUAUGACAUGGUAUAAAUAAACGAAACUGAAAACA